AUGGGAAGUGUUUCACUGUUCUCCACUGCUGUUGCCAGAAGAUUAGAAGGGAAAGUGGCGUUGAUCACCGGUGGAGCAAGUGGCAUAGGGGAGUGCACGGCGAGACUCUUCGCCAAGCAUGGAGCCAAAGUAGUGAUCGCUGAUAUCCAAGACGAGUUAGGUCACUCAGUUUGCAAGGACAUAGACUCCUCCUUCUACGUCCACUGCGACGUCACAAAAGAGGAACACGUGGAACGUGCCGUGAACACAACCGUUUCUAGGUUCGGGAAACUGGACAUCAUGCACAACAACGCAGGGAUCAUUGGAGUGUGGAACCCCAGCAUAGUGCAAAACGACAAGUCCCAUUUCGAGGAAGUGAUUAGCGUGAAUUUGGUCGGUGUCUUCCUCGGAAUGAAGCACGCGGCGAGGGUGAUGGUCCCUUCUCGACGUGGGAGCAUAAUCGCAACGGCGAGCGUGUGUGGACGCAUAGGUGGAUUGGGCUCGCACGCUUACACGUGCGCCAAGCAUGGCGUGGUGGGGCUCGUGCGGAACGCUGCGGUGGAGCUUGGACCCUUGGGGAUACGCGUGAAUUGUGUGUCUCCUUACGCGGUUCCUACGCCGAUGAGUAAGGGUUUUCUGAACACUGAUGAUGAGGGGAUUGCUGCGCUUUAUUCUAAUCUGAAAGGAGCUUCUCUUAAACCCGAAGAUGUUGCUGAAGCUGCGGUUUACUUGGGGAGUGAUGAGUCCAAGUAUGUCACUGGGCAUGACCUUGUUGUGGAUGGAGGGUUCACUGUUGUGAAUGCUGGUUUGUGUGUGUUUGGGCAAUCGGUGUAG